AAACAUGUUAAUGCGAGUGUCCGCCUCGUUAUUUUAAAUAGUUUUUCGAACCACGCAACAUCCAAAGGCAUGGCGAUUGUUUUUGGACUGUCGAAACUGUGUGACCGACACUUUGCGCUCUGUUUGCUGAGAAACCAUUACAAGGCUAUUUCUACAUAUACUGUACAUCAUAACAAUGUCCUCUGCAAUCGUCAUAAAAAAAUGCAAAUUCCAAACAGAAUAGCAACACUUCCAACAUGUUAUCAUAUUGGUGGGGCUCAUGUUAAAGAGAAUUUGCCUGUAAUAGAACCCAACUCUGUUACAGGUAAAGAUAUGAUCUUGGGUAUGUUGCAGUACAUUUGGCCAAAGGAUGAUGUGACUAUUCGAAAACGAGUAACAUUAGCACUCGGUUUAUUGGCUGCCGCUAAAAUGUUAAACGUAUCCGUCCCAUUUCUGCUCAAAUAUGCAAUGGAUGAUCUUAAUGAAAAACUUGGUCCUGGUGCUGAUACAUUGCUAACUAUGGAUUCAGCACCUGAAACUGUGUUAACUGUUGCUGCGACACUGUUGAUAUCGUAUGGUGUUUGUAGAUCUGCUGCUGCUGGUAUGAAUGAACUACGAAAUGCUGUAUUUGCUAGUGUGGCCCAACAAUCCAUAAGGAAAAUUGCAAGAAAUGUUUUCUUACAUCUUCACAAUUUAGAUCUUAAAUUUCAUUUAUCCAGACAAACUGGUGCAUUAUCUAAGGUUAUAGAUCGUGGAAGCAGGGGAAUAAAUUUUGUACUUACUGCUAUGGUAUUUAAUAUUGUACCUACUAUAUUUGAAUUGGCGCUAGUCAGCACUAUUUUGGGAUUAAAUUGCGGUUACCAAUUUGCUGCUUUAUCCUUUGGUUGUGUCUCCAUCUAUACAGCUUAUACAUUAUUGGUAACCCAAUGGAGGACAAAAUUCCGAAUUUUUAUGAAUCAAGCCGAAAAUGAAGCUGGAAAUAAAGCUAUGGACUCGUUAAUAAAUUAUGAAACUGUUAAGUAUUUCAAUAACGAAUUGUAUGAAGCUAACAGAUAUGACCGUGUUUUACAAAAAUUUGAGACGGCUUCACUUAAGACUAGCUCGAGUUUAGCACUUUUAAAUUUUGGACAAAAUGCCAUUUUCAGUGUAACAAUGAGUGCAGCAAUGAUAUUAGCUGCAAAACAAAUUGUUGAAGGUAACAUGACAAUUGGUGAUCUGGCGAUGGUGAAUGGUCUCCUUUUCCAACUGGCUAUGCCACUAGGAUUUUUAGGAUCUGUUUACCGUGAAGUGCGUCAAGCGUUGCUUGACAUGCAGUCCAUGUUUGCAAUAAUGGCAUGCGAUCCAUCUGUUAAGAACCGAAGUGAUGCUGUUCCCUUGUCUAUCAGCAAAGAUAACGCAUCCAUUGAAUUUCGAAAUGUCAGUUUUGGAUAUCAAAACGGCAAACCUAUUUUGAAUGACCUGUCCUUUAUCGUUCCACCUGGCAAGAAGGUUGCUAUCGUUGGAGGUUCCGGUAGUGGGAAAUCAACUAUAAUCAGAUUGCUGUUCAGGUUUUUUGAACCGGCGUCUGGCGAGAUACUUAUCGGAGGCAAGAACAUCAAGGAUGUUGAUAUCGAUAGUCUUCGGAAGUGCAUGGCUGUAGUUCCUCAGGAUUCGGUUUUGUUUCACGACACGAUCAUGUAUAAUCUCCAUUACGGCGACAUGAGCAAGUCCGAAUCUGAAGUCAUCGAAGCGUCCAAGCUCGCGGAACUUCACAACUCUGUGUCGAAGCUUCCCAACGGGUAUUCGACUCAGGUGGGUGAACGAGGUCUAAUGAUAUCUGGUGGUGAAAAACAACGAGUGUCUAUUGCCAGGGCCAUACUCAAGGACAGCCCCAUUCUGAUAUUUGACGAAGCGACGUCGUCUUUGGACUCUAUUACUGAACAAAACAUACUGAAGGCGUUGCGACGAGCAACCAAGGAUAAGACCAGCGUGUGCAUUGCCCAUCGGCUGUCGACCAUUAAAGAUGCUGACGAAAUAUUGAUAUUACGCAAUGGGAAAGUCGUUGAACGCGGUAGUCACCAGUGGCUAAUGGACAAUGGCGCAUCCGAGUAUUCCGAGAUGUGGAACAUUCAACAAGACAAUUUUACAGCGAAGGACCCUUAAACUCACGACGAUCUAUAUUAUAAUUAUAUAUUAUUAUUAGUUUCGUUAUUAUUCACAUGGUAUUUACAUCGAAAGUCACGUUUCGGCGUUUGUCGUACACCGAUUUAUGCGAUUUAUGUACAAAUUAUAAUUGUUAAUAUUUCCAUGUUUAAGAGAUGUCAGGCUAUAAUACCUAGCUAUGUAUUAUUAUAUGUGUAGGCUUCAGUAAAGUUUCGCGAGUGACGACAUUUUUCGAUAUUAAUGAAAAAAUUGAAAAAAUUUGUACUUAGAUAGACGCCUACUGUUACCCGUUAUAUAGCUAGGUAGGUAAUUUAUAUAAUAUGAGGAUAACAAUAUAUGUAAUCGUACCCGUUGUACUGUUGUAAAUUAUUUGUUUUCUUAAUAAAAAACGCAAUUGUUUUUGUUUUUCGGAA